AUAGCUCCAUCUGUUUACCUCGUAAAAUUACACUAAACUGUGUUUGAGCCGCAAACUUUGUCCAUCUUUAUUCAAAAUUAUUAGAUUAUAUCAAAUGAUCUGCUCUAUUUAUAUUUAUAUUAAGAAUUUUUAAGGAGAACUGACAUAUUUUUUACUGACUACACGUGUACAGUGAUAUCAGUCAUUUCAUGGUCAGACAGUCCGAUUGUUUCUGCAAUUUCAUAUUAUGCUGAGCCGCUCAAAAUGGGGUGGCACUCUCGAACUCGAACCCUGCAAGUUUUUGACACCGAGUUAAGCGCGGAUACCGUGGAGUGGUGCCCCAUACAACAGUAUUGUCAUGUUCUGGCAUGUGGAACUUACCAACUUCAAAAAAGCGAUGAUAAGACAGCAGAAGACUCUACUGCCCCGAGCAGAAUAGGCAGACUGUAUCUGUUCCACUAUAAUUCGCAACAAUCAAUCAGUCCUCCACUCACUGAGACUCAACGAAUAGACACUCCUGCUAUACUCGAUCUAAAGUGGUGUCACAUACCGAUAUCAGGGCGUCCACUCUUGGGUAUGGCCACUGCAGAUGGAGAAAUCCAGCUGUACAAACUUACUGAAGCUCAGCAGCAGGGCACCUGUGGAUUGGAAAGUGAGUUGAGCACAGAGUUGGGUCCUGACAGGCUGGCAUUGUCUUUAGACUGGUCUACAGGGAGAGGCGAGAGCACUGAUGUGCGUGUGGUGUCCAGUGACUCGACUGGUUCUCUCACAGUUCUGUCUCUUGGGGAAACUAGUUUAACUACUGUGUGCCAGUGGAAAGCUCACGAAUUCGAGGCCUGGAUCUCAGCAUUUAGUUACUGGGAUACUCAGGUUAUUUAUUCAGGUGGUGAUGAUUGCAAACUAAAGGGCUGGGAUUUAAGAAUGGGUCCCUCUCUUCCUACCAUCACCAGCAAGAGACACACUAUGGGAGUAUGCAGCAUACACAGUAGCCCCCACCGGGAGCACAUUCUAGCCACUGGAAGUUAUGAUGAGAAUGUAUUGAUCUGGGAUGGAAGGAACAUGAAGCAGCCCUUGAGUGAGACUGCAGUCGGUGGGGGCGUGUGGAGACUAAAGUGGCACCCCAGUCAAGAACAUCUGCUGCUAGCAGCAUGUAUGCACAAUGAUUUCCAUAUUCUUCACUGCCAGCAAGCUAUUGAUGGACAAGAUGCACCAUGCCCUGUCUUGGCCUCAUAUAUUCUACACAACUCUUUGGCAUAUGGAGCAGACUGGUCCAGAGUCCCCCUCAACAACUCCACUCCCCACUCUCCUCAGCAGCCACAUCAAACCAGCUUUGGGCUUACAGAGUCUGGAGGUCACCUCAGGAUCCAGUACGAGUCCCCAACUGCUAGCUUUGACACCUCUCUGGAGGACGACUUGGGCCGGUACAUUCCUGACCACUUUGCUUCACCAGAGAAAUGUUUUGUUCCAGAACCCCUUCCCAGCCCUGCUAAAGACUCCCAGUCUCUGUCCUGCCUGCUGGCUACCUGCUCCUUUUAUGACCACAUGCUGCAUGUGUGGAGAUGGGACUGGAGCCCAGAGGAAAAACCGACAGAGCCAGAGUCUGCGUCCUCUUCUUGAACACCCUU